AUGCCUCGAGAAACCCGCCACGGCGCAGCUCACUCGAACGUCGGCUCCCGCGCGCUGUACGAGGGCCAGGAUCAGAUCAACGAUCCCCAAUCCGUCAUCAACGAGAGAAAGAGAUACGGCGGCGGGAGGGCUAGCGAUGAUCCCAUCGAAAUCGGCCAGGCAAUGGCAAAUCAACCCUCAGAUAAACGCCGAGGCCGGGAGGCUGAGGAGGAGCUGAGUAAAAUCGAUCCUACCAAGCCGGCGACUUUCCAUGGAAAUAAACCAUCGCGAGGAGCGGAGGUGGAUAAGAGUUUGAUGGAGGACGAUGAGCUGAGAAUGCGGGAGAGGCUUGGUCGUUAA